AUGGCACCUGUCAUCAUGGAGGAAAUGGACAGCCCGAAGCUCAAGGUCAAAUGCACCUACGACGACUGCAUGAAGCACUUCGAGACCGAAAAGUUGAUGAAGAAGCACAAGAAAGAUGACCCAGAACACUGCUAUUGCAAGCGCUGCGACGUAGACUGCAUCGACUGGGAGGAUUUGACUCUGCACAAGGUGAAGGCGAUGCAGCCAUGGCUCGAAGGAAAGAUGAAGGAUAGCCCUGGUGAGCAGCCUGAUCACAUCGAGUGCGAGUUCUGUGGCGAGGACUUCAAGAGCUUCGGUGGGCGCAGGAAGCAUCGCGACCAGUAUCAUCCAGCCGACCAAGACAUUACCUGCCCUGGCUGCAUGCUUCACUUCACCCGCGCCAGUCAGCUCAUUGAGCACUUCGAAGAGAACAAGUGCCCGGAGAUCCGCCACCUCGACUAUGAGCGCAGCGUCCAGCAGAAGUUUAUCAUGCGCCUGAUCAUGAAGGACCCUGAGGAGUACAUGCGCCGUCUUCAAGGACCGGAGUUCUCCAACACCGAGCAGUCCACCUCCGGCUUCGACGACGAGCGCUCAGAGCUGGAGACGCUUGACGGUACCGAGGGCGGCGUAGGUGUGCUUGACAUUGACGAUCCGGAUCAGAUGGGAGGCUACAGGCCGCUCCAGCCAGAAGUGGAGCUGAUCAACCUGAGACAGUCGAAGGCUCCAACAUCAACCACCUCCAGCAACUGGCCACGGCUACCGGGACAAGCAGAGCGCAGCAUGACGGAGUCAUUGAGGAAGAUAUCCGUGAGCUCGUCCACGCCUUCGACUGACAUGUCUGCCAGCGCCUUUGCUGCAAGCAUCACAAGCCGAAACCUAAAGUACGUCUUUGAGUCGUAUCCUCCGCUCAGCUCAGUCGGCUCGCCGGGGCCAUGCUCCAGCUACGCAGGUGACGACGACACCGCCUCCGUCGCCACGAUGAACAUGAGCACCGCCAGCAAGCCACUAGCCCGGACGACCGGCGCAACCUCCCAAGUCCUCUUCAAGGACGCCAAACCCAGCAACGGCAACCCCGCCUACUGGGCCAAAGCUCUCGAAGAACGCGAAGACUCCGUCGUAGGCCACGGCAGCAACCUCUUCAAGAGCCGCAUCUGGGACCCCUACGCCGCCGAAUACAACCCCAAGCGCUUCUACAACACCUUGAUCGAGAAGUACUGCUGCCCGAUCCCAGACUGCGACGGCGUCUACGACGAUGCCGAGUAUCUGGGUGAGCACUUCAAGAUCGCACAUCUGCGUAUUCAAUUCCGCUGCCGCCGCUGCCUGAAGCUGUUCAAGAAGGCUAGCGGUCUCAUCGCGCAUUGCGAGAGUGCAGGCGGAAUUUGCAAGGUCAAAGAUACGAAUGAGUUCAACCAGAUGCUCGACGACUACAGCGGAGGGUUCUUGACGUCUGAGAGUGUGAAGCAGCCGAAGAUUGUGAAGCAGACCCCGAGCAAUGCGGUGGUCAAGCCAGGGCAGGCGGCGAAUGGUGUGAUGGGGACGAAGUUCUCGGCGGUGAUGCCUAGGAUUCCGGAGGAUGCCAGCAGUAAGGCGGGUUCUUGGUCGAGCAGAGCGUAG